AUGUGUGCGCAUGCUCCUUCGCUCUCCGCGGCCGCCAUUUUGUGUGAGGCCCUCUAUUCUAAAGCGGGAGAAAAUUAUCAGGCCAGCACACAGCUUUUUCAGGCGACCACGAAACAUUGAAGCGAGCACCCGCAUUCGAUAGGCCUCCAACAUAAUAUAAAGAUAAAAGAAGCAUUCUGCGAGUGUUGACUGGCCCGUUGCCAUGGAGGGCGAUGUUGUUUCCAUGGAGACCACCCAUCCAGGGGGCCUGGCCCCUGAUGAUGGGGUUCUGCCAGAAGCAGGAGAUCCUGUGAUCCAAGGAGUGGCGGGAGCAUCGCAAGCAGUGGAAGUUCCAGGCAACAUGGAGAUGAUGGUGAUGGAUGCCCUGGAUCCUACACUGUUGCAAAUGAAAACAGAGGUGUUAGAGGGGGGCGGCACAGUUACUGUAACUGGUGGAGACGAGGGUCAGAUCAUCACCCUUCAGGUUGUAAAUAUGGAGGAGCAGACUGGUGCUGCCUUAGGUCUUGGUCAGCUACAGCUAGUGCAGGUUCCAGUCACUACAACUACAGUAGAUGGCCUCCAAGCCACCUACGUGGAUGGAUCUGCGAAUAAGGAUGCAGAGCCGGUUAUCUGUCACACCCUCCCCUUACCUGAAGGCUUCCAGGUGGUGAAAGUGGGUGCUAAUGGUGAAGUGGAGACAGUUGAGCAAGAGGAGCUUCAGGCGGUCCACAAUGAGCUUCAAGGGACAAGGGAAGAAGAGGAAAUGGUGGAUGGGGAAGUGGCAGGAGAUCAAGAACCCGAUGAGCCUCAACCAGAAUGGCCGAAGGACCCAGACUACCAGCCGAUUACGGCAAUCCGCAAAGGAAAGAAGGGAAAGAAAAGCCGUUUGCGCUAUGCAGAGGGUGACCGGGACAUGGAUGUUUCUGUGUAUGACUUUGAGGAAGAGCAGCAGGAGGGGCUGCUAUCUGAGGUGAAUGCAGAGAAGGUUGUUGGAAACAUGAAGCCCCCCAAACCCACUAAGAUCAAGAAAAAAGGUGUAAAGAAGACUUUCCAAUGUGAGCUGUGUAGUUACACUUGCCCACGACGCUCCAACCUAGACAGGCACAUGAAGAGCCACACAGACGAGAGACCACAUAAAUGUCACUUGUGUGGAAGAGCCUUCCGAACAGUCACACUACUAAGAAACCACCUCAACACCCACACAGGCACCAGACCACACAAAUGCACUGACUGUGACAUGGCGUUUGUAACCAGCGGGGAGUUGGUGCGCCAUCGUCGCUACAAGCACACACACGAGAAGCCCUUCAAGUGCUCCAUGUGUGACUAUUGCAGUGUGGAGGUGAGUAAGUUAAAAAGGCACAUUCGCUCUCACACUGGAGAGCGACCGUUCCAGUGUAGUCUGUGCAGCUAUGCUAGCAGGGACACUUACAAACUGAAAAGACACAUGAGGACACACUCAGGCGAGAAGCCAUACGAGUGCUACAUUUGUCAUGCCCGUUUUACCCAGAGUGGCACCAUGAAGAUGCACAUCCUGCAGAAACACACAGAGAAUGUGGCAAAGUUCCAUUGUCCACAUUGUGACACUGUCAUCGCACGCAAGAGUGACCUUGGUGUUCACUUGCGAAAGCAGCAUUCAUUUAUUGAGAAGGGAAAGAAAUGUCGUUACUGUGACGCUGUGUUCCAUGAGCGAUAUGCUCUCAUCCAGCACCAGAAGACUCACAAGAAUGAGAAACGUUUUAAGUGUGACCAGUGUGACUACUGCUGCAAGCAGGAACGCCACAUGAUCAUGCAUAAGCGUACACACACUGGGGAGAAGCCCUUUGCCUGUAGUCAGUGUGAGAAGACGUUCAGACAGAAGCAGCUUCUGGACAUGCACUUCAAACGUUACCACGAUCCCAAUUUUGUGCCCACUGCCUUUGUCUGCAACAAAUGUAGCAAGACGUUCACCCGCAGGAACACAAUGCUGCGUCACAGUGAGAACUGCAUGGGUGAAAUUCCUGGAGACCAAAAUGGAACUCCUCCCAAGAAGAGUCGUCGUGGCAGGAAGAGGAAGAUGCAGGACAGGCAUGAUGAUGAUGAUGACACAGAACCUGAUCUUGAUGAGGACAUUGAUGAUGAAGAUGAUUUGUUAACUGAUAUCGAAGUGGAACAAGCUCCACCUGUGAUUCCUAUCGCGGCUCCUGAGGAUCCACCAGUCAAGCGGAAGCGCGGGCGUCCCCCAAAGAACAAGCCAGAUAUGGCUGCUAUCAUCCGCGUUGAGGACGAGGUCACUGGAGAGGUGGAUGACAUCAUUGUGAAAAAGGAGAUCGGUGCCGAACAAGAAGAUAUGGAAGAGGAAGCCCCGCAUGAGGUGGUUGUCGGUGAAGACAACUCCACUAUUCAGCUGGAAGAGCUGUCCCAGGAACAGGAAAUGCAGCUGUCGGAGGCCCCGCCUAAUGGAGACCUCACCCCUGAAAUGAUCCUCAGCAUGAUGGACCGGUGAUGGAUGCAAGGGUCGACCCUGUAAACACACACAGACCCCGUUCACAUCCACAUCUAAUUAUUUGCAUUUAGGAUUACAAACACUUGCAUCCUACAUAGACAAACAUUACUGUUGUAAUUUAAUGCUUGCUUUUUAAUCAUACAUUGACAUGUAUGAGUGACAAAGACUUUUCAUACAGAUUUAUUUACCAAAAAUCCAUUUCAAAAUUUCUGUUUUGGGCUGGCUGUAAUUUGACCAUAGAGUCUUUAGCCUCCUCAUUGUUGUCCUUGGCGUUGAGUACAGUAGUAGGAAAAUUAUUAUUAAUAAAUCUAUCCUGACAACACCAUCAAAAAUUAUGAUUCCCUAAAUCCCACACAUGUGCAUGUAACUAUCCAAAGGAUGUAGGUGCAUAUUCAUCCAUCUGUUGACACACCCAUGCCCAGUUUUUAUCGCCCUGUGUAUUUUUUACUUGUUAUACUUUUCUUGGUAAGGCUCACUUGUGUCAUGGGGUGAACAUUGUAAUUAGAGGAAUUACCCAGAUAAUGGAUCUUUCUGCACUUUUUCAGUCCAUGUUCAAUGUCCUCACUGAAGAGCCUAUUUACCUCUCAGUUUGGAAAACUGUCCCACCGCCCCAAAAGACAUCUUUUAACCAGCUUUUCCGUUUAACUUGGUAAACCCGCUGUUAGCCUAAUGGCAAAAACCACUGGAGAUAAGAUUUGUCCAGAGACCAGAAUAUAAUGUUAUUGUUAAUUACAGCAAAAAGAUUUGAAAUAUUUUUAUUGUAUUUUUAUUUUUUGGUUUCUUUGCUGUGGUUAGUAUAAAAAAACUAUUUUAACACCUAUUCUAGUUUAUCAAAGCUUUUAGUCUGCUUACUUUAUAUCUUCUCUUGCUACUGUAACACUCCCGAGACUAAGUCCAUGUACAAAACAUUGUCAUUUAUGUGAAAAAAGAAAUUGAUUUUCUUUCUUUGCUCCCUUGUGUAGCCAUUCCACGUUGGGUUCAUGGUUUCUUUUUUUACCGAUUGCAAUACAUUCUGGGCAGUGUGAUGUUUUAAAAUGACCGGCAGUUGACAACAUGUAUGAUGGUACAACAAAUAAAAAGUAGAUAUGGA